AUGGCCAUUCACAAGAAUCUUGCCCUCCACAAGAGGAAUCUGAAAAAAAAACAUGAUAAACCGCUGGUGUCUCCUACUGUAAAGAACAGCGGACAAAAGAAAAACGUUUGGGAAAUACCGAGGAAAGUGUUUCAUUCGUCAAUAGGCUUUCCAGUUCUUUACUUAUAUUCCAUGCACGCAGAUGCCCUGGCAAUCAGAAAUGUCCUUGCUAUCUUGUUCGUCAUGGGAAUAACGGCGGAUCUCCUUCGCUUCAAUAUCCAAUGGUUCAAUACCAUAUAUAUCAAGAUAUUUGGAUUUCUUAUGAGAGAGGUUGAGAAGCGUGAUAAGGUUAACGGCGUGGUAUUCUAUCUCGCCGGAUGUAUUUUGGUUUUAUCGAUAUUUCCUCAGGAUAUAGCAGCCAUAUCAAUCUUAAUUCUAUCUUGGUGUGAUACCGCUGCUUCCUGCUUCGGCCGUGCAUUUGGACAUUUGACGUAUAAAUUCUCCAGUGGUAAAUCGGUGGCAGGGACACUGGGUGCCAUCCUUACUGGAUGUUUGGCUGCUUAUGUGUUCUGGGGUGGCUGGAUAGAUCAUAACAUUGUCCGAACGCCUAGCUGGCAGCCUGAGAAGAGUGUAUUGUCAUUGCCUGUCUUGACUUUGUUGACUGGAAUUAUUGGGGGGUUUAGUGAGCUAGUGGAUAUCUGGGGAUUGGAUGAUAACUUUGUCAUUCCGGUAAUUGCAGGAAGUUCAUUAUGGAUUAUUUUAAUCGGCUUUGGGUUUGGCGGCUCCGGGGCCAACCAAGGCCAUGAAAUGAGAAUCACUGCCGAACAGGACAGUAUAAUAUUGCCAACUGCUACAGAUAUAGAAGCGGGAUGGGGUCUGGACUUUUCACAACUGGAUAGACACGAUGUGUUUAAUUUUCAGUAUUUGGUAAAGCAGCCCACGAGAGCGCAGUACAAGCCAGGGUCGCACGACUCCAGCUUAUUCAAUACAUUCUUCACCACAGCUGUGUUAAACUGA